CAAUCGCAGCGCAGGAGGCUUGUCCAAACACGGGUGGGGGAAAACGCUUUCGUAACCAAAACAUCGUGGACGAAAUCGACUUGUAUUUUUUAUAUUUUAUUGUAUUUUAGGGAAAAUUAUUAAUAGUUAUAAAGUUACGUUAAUAUUUACUGAACUGGUGCAGCGCUGAGGCUAGUUUAAUAUAUAAUUAUAUAGGAGUAACGUUAAUCUCUGUCAGGUCUGGAGGAGUUUUCACUGUGCUGUUAGAGAUAGUUAAAGUCUGGUUUAAGUCUUUUUUUCAAGUCUAUAUUCUCCAGUUUAUAUCAGAAACAUGGGGGGUCAUGAUCUGCUGCGGAUUUUGGUCACUGUGCUGUUCGUGUUGGCUUAUGUGGUGGUUUUGGCAGUAAACGCUCUGGCUGGUUCGGGGAAAGGUCCAUUCUUAAGAAGUACCGGUAAUGUAUCAGGGCUGUAUGAGACGGAGAUCACCCCUGCUGGUUGGGCCUUCUCCAUAUGGGGAUUCCUCUACACCUGGCUCCUCCUCAUGAACAUAUAUAUUGUCACCUGGUUCUGUAGACGGACCUCAACUGGAUGGAUGUAUUGCAGUCCUGCUAUUCUUCCUUAUGGGUUUUGUAUCUCCUGGGUGGUGAACAUGAUUCUGAACUGCGCCUGGCUCCUCCUGUGGGACAGAGAGUUAAUGAUCCCAGCGCUUGUAGUGUUGGCUCUGAUUGCGUUUACCAACUACUUCAUCAUCUACUUUUCCUGUGUUGGCCUGCAAGCGCAUGGAGCCAGGCUCAAACAGAACCACCCCGCUGACCUCUGCUGCAUCCGUGUUCUGGUUCAGAAUGGUAUUGCUGCCUAUGCCACAUGGACUACAAUAGCCACGCUCCUCAACUUGGCCGUGGUGCUUGGUCUUGGAUCAGUGUCGCCAACAAAUGCUGGCACUGUUUCUCUGUGCCUUCUCCUGCUAGAAGUGAUUGUGUGGUUUGCUGUGGAGAACUUUGUGGUGGAGAAGCAUGUCCGCUACAUUCUGAGUGUUUACCCCGUCGUCAUCUACGCUCUGAUUGGAAGCUUGAGCAGACACUACGACCCUGCAGCUCCAGGCAGGAACGCAGUCUUUACAGCUGUUCUCCUGUCUCUGGCCUGUAUCUUGUUCAUUGCGCGUGUGGUGCUGGUGAUUUGGAGACACCGUACUCAGCCUCUGUUCCAGGACGGGGUAGCUGAGGGGCUGAUGAGACCUGUCAGCACUACAGACAAGUAGCAGCACAGGGUAUACUGUACAUUACUCUAAACAUGAAGCACCACUCCACUUGCCAAAGUAUUUACUGCGGAAUGUGUUCAAAAUAUACAUGUUUUUUUUUUUGACUGGUCAAAUCAUACAGUAUAUCAGUGCCCACCCACACACUCAUACACUAACACCACCAAACAGCUCCAACAGUUAAACAACACCUAAAGAAAACCUCACGUCUCCAUGUAUUACUCCACCACAUACAGGUAACCUAGCAACGAUGCAGCGCUUACAAGCCAAACAGCACAGCUACAAACAGAGCAGCAAUGGAAUUAUUUUAUCUUGUGGAGUGUUUAAAGCCUAACAGCUCGUCUUUUCUCAUCCUUUUUAACUCAAUCUAUCUAAUCUAUCAAUAAACAGUUAUAAUGGAACUGUGCUAUAAUCGCAGUAAUACACUCGAUGUUUGUGCUCAGCUUGCAGCCUCAUUUUGUGCUCAGCUUGCAGCCCCAUCGCACUUUAUAGCACUCCCUCUGGUGUGUUAUUGCUUAAUUAUAAUCAUUAGUUCAGUACUACCUAGUGAUAUCUGGUAGUGAAUAAGAAGGAUUUAGGUGUUAAUAAAGCAUGUUUAAUUAGUUCCAACAUAAUAACAUAUUAAAUAUGGAACAGUAUUAUAUAGUGUUACCAAAUAAUCUAAAAAUAAACUGAUUACUACAGAACAUUAGAUUAAUCAGUCAGUUAUCUGACUAAUGCAUUUACACAAGAUAUUGGGGAACAUUCUUGAGUUCACAUGAGUCACGCAAUAAUCAGAUUAUUGCCAAUAAUCUCACAGAACAUAAUGUGGCAAAAACUUAGCUUUUUUGCCACAUUAAGAUGCAGAUUAAUCAAACAUCAGGUAGAAGAUGAAGAUUAUUCUUUCAAUCUUUUAAUUCCUCAGUUUCAGAAGCGCUCCCAAAGUCUUUUGCCAUUUCGCCGGUGUUCUAAUGAACACUGCUUAAAUAUGUUUCAGUACUUUCCAGCUCUCUUUAUUGGAUUUAUUAGCCAGAUUUUUUUUACUUUACUCCGGUCUAAGGAAUCAGAAUAUGUUGUUUGCUUAACAUAAAUACUUGAAUACUCAGAUAACUACAGAAAUCUGUUUAGAAUCAGGAAUUAUGAAGUGCGUAUAAUCACCAAAUGUAAACACACUAACUGUAUAUAAUCCUACCUGCUAUCUUAGCCACCAAUUACGCUAAUAAAUACAGACAAUAUAUGUGGCUUUCUGGCAGUUACGCUAAAGUCUACUUUCUAAAUAUUCAACCAGUUCUUAGAAGUUCCUCACAUCCUAAAAAUACUCUCUCAGAAGGCUAUUUAUUCGUUCUUAUACAGACAAAUCUGUCUUUAGACACUAUUUUGGCACGUCUAGCAGGUGAGUAGGUAUGUUUACAGCAGUACAGAACUAGUUGUUGUGUUUUUAUCAUUUUUGUCCCUUUAAUGUGAUACUUUUUAAUAUAAAGCCAAAAAGUUCUUCAGGUUAACAUUUGCAGUUUUUCACUAUUCCUACAUUACUCCCACAAUUGGUAUUAGUUUAAUUGACCCUAAACUAGAACCAUGUAUUAAACUGUUAUCAAAUAAUUAAUAGUAGUUUCUGCAUCAAUAACAUCAAUCAACGUAGGGUUCAUCAAGUUAAGACGUUAAAAAACGAGCAUCAUGUGUUUUUAACAUCAAAGAGCAUGGACAAUGCAAGACACACACACACACAUAUAUAUAUAUACUCUUACACUAUGUUAGGUUAUUCACUAUUUAGUCACAAGGAAAUGAUUUUCUGCAUUUUUGCUAAUUUUUCCCACACCAACGCUUCUAUAUUUUUGGACCUUUUUGUUUGUGUGCACAGUAAGAUAAUUAAAUCUAAAUUAGUAGAGUGGGGAAAAGUAUUCCCUCUAGUAAACCGAAGCAGUUGGACAAAUGAUUAUGGUCAGCUGUCAGAAAACUUGAGUAAAUAAACGUAAUUAAACCAGCCGUUCUAAAUUUGGAGUUAAACAUGGUUUGAUCGUCAAGAACUGCUGCAUCAGUGAUUGCUUAACAUUGAUGUAUGAGUUUUAGUCAUCCUGUGUUUAACAGAGUAAGACAUGUCUCUUAAAUAUUAAUAUAAAACAAUAUUAUAUAAAUGCAGCUAAUUCAUAAAGAGGAAUGAAGAUCAGCUGUUGAAUGAUAAUUUUAUUUAGUGUGUAAAUUAUUUCUUCUGCAAGUGUUCUAAAGUAAUUCUCAAUAUUUAAAUUUGUAUAUUCAAUUAUUUUGUAAAUCUAAAUUUGUGUGCUAUAUGUGCUAGUUGGUAAAAAUGUAAGCUUUUUAAAAUUCAAUUUGUUGCAUUCAAUUUCUUAUUUGACAUUUUCCAAAAUAAUUCAUAGAUUUUUAAAACAUAUUUUUAUGUGAAAUUUUCUAGAAUAUUGUAAACUUUCAGAUUUCUAAAAGUUCUGUAUUUAGUUUUCUGAAAAUGUACCAAAAUAUGGUCAUAAAUAAUUCGUAUUUUUUUCAUAUUUCUGUAUUCUUUUUUUUUUUUUUUAACUAAAAUGUUUUUACUGGUUUUUUUUUUUGUUAAACAAAAUUUACUAAAAGAAUUGGAGAAAUUUUAAAUUCAGUGAUUUGUUUCCAUAAUCAAAUCUAAUCAUGUGGUGAUAAGCAUGAAACUAUUCUGUAAAGAGAUGACUUGACUUCAGUUUAGGUGUAGUAACUGCUGAGAACAUUUCCUCCUUAAAAAUCAAGUCCUACAGUGGAAGCAGUUCUUUGCCGAGGGGAUGAAGAAUGGGAGAGAAUUCCUCAAAAUGGAUUUUAAGCCAAUGGUGCAGUUACAUUAACUUACUGGGUAAAAGAUAGGUCACGUUGUUUUUUUUUUUUUUGUUUUUUUUUUUCAGAAUUAUACAUUUUGAAGUUAUAAUUAGCUCUUUUGUUUCAUUGUUUCUUUAAGUCAAAAGUGCAAAAAUGCAGGAACAUUUCUUUUGUUUAACAAUAUUUGUGUUAUACUUUUAUAAAAUGGAUUUUUUUUGGUUAUCAAUUGUUGGGAAAACUAAUGCAAGCAUGACAAGUUAUCACAGUUAAUCAGUCGUACAGGUUCACGUUACAUGCUGAUAUUGAGACGGGUUAGUUGGAUUGUUUUAUAGGAUUUCCUAUUCAGAUGAAAUAGUUCUUGUAUGAACAUAAACUGUUACUAGAUCAUAUACUCACAUUUACAGUCAUUUUAUACUAUUUUUUAAACUACAAAUGUGUAUUUGUUUACUGUGAAUAUUACAUGCACUAAAGAAACUGUCGACUCAAUUAUUAAUACUUACUUUUGUCUUAUUUUUAAGCUUUUGUUUUCUGGCAGAGGUCAUAUUUUUAGAUGUGAAUUUGUGAAGUAUUGUAUUAUGUGAGUUCAGUGAUGUUCACACAAGUACAGUUGCUUCACACAGUGUUGAGGUUUGGUGGACAAUGCAAAUUGAAAUCAGUUCGAGAUUCACUGACUUUAAAUACAGUGUUUUUUUUUUUCCUUUACCUUUUUCCUGUUACGAAUGUAAGGCUACAUUUACACAGCAGAUAACAGUGGCCUAACCUAAUGUUUAUAUUAGGCUUUUCCUAUUAUCCUUUUAAUGGGAUUCAUAUCUAACAUUAGUUUAAACAGUUUGCUCUUUGUAACUUAUGAUUAUGUGCAAAACAGCACCACCUUCACAUGGAGUUUCAGCAGGAGCUAUUAAGGAGUUCCAGUAACUUCCAUGAAUUACGAUCUGUCUGUUUACACUUAGUCAUAUUAGUGUGAAGUGAAUAUACAGCUCUGGAAAAAAUGAAGAGACCACUUCAGUUUCUGAAUCAGUUUCUCUGAUUUUGCUAUUUAUAGGUUUAUGUUUACGUAAAAUGAACUUUGACAUUUUAUUCUAUAAACUACAGACAACAUUUUUCUUAAAUUCCAAAUAAAAAUAUUGUCAAAAAGAGCAUUUUCUUUGUUGCGGAAAAUGAGAAAUGUCUGAAAAAAACAAAAAAGAUGCAGAGCUUUCAGAUCUCAAAUAAUGCAAAGAAAACAAGUUCAUAUUCAUGAAGAUUUAAGAGUUCAGAAAUCAAUAUUUGGUGGAAUAACCCUGUUUUUAAUCACAGUUUUUAUGCAUCUUGGCAGUUCUCCUCCACCAGUCUUACACACUGCUUUUGGAUAACUUUAUGCCACUCCUGGUACAAAAAAUUAAGAGGUUCAGCUUGUUUUGAUGUAUUGUGAUCAUCCAUCUUCCUCUUGAUUAUAUUCCAGAGGUUUUCAAUUUGGUAAAAUCAAAGAAACUCAUCAAUUUUAAGUGGUUUCCAGAGCUGUUUAUCAGAUAUAAAUACCACAUAUUGUGUUUUUUAUUGUUCACAUUGUCACACAAUCAACACAUCUGUCACAUAUGAUAGAAAAAGAUGGAUGGAUUGGGGCCACUUUUUCUUGCUGUGUAAUUGUCGUUUUAAUCAUACUAUUGAAGUAAUAUGUUUUUGUAAUCAUUUAAUAAAAUAACUUGAAUUGGAAA